AUGGCUGCUGCUGAUCCUGCUUAUGUGAAUCUGCUUCGGUGUCCAAAUGGAGGUUUAGUUGAACCUCCGCAGCCAAAGACGGGCUUUGGUUACUUCGUUGUUGUUCUUCUAAAAUCCGUUGCCAAAGAAGAGCAUAGGGCUAGAGACGCCGAAGACUACAGCAGCCCAGUCACAUCACCGACAACCCGCCGAGGUCUAGAAGCAGAUCCCAAACCCAACCUUCCCCACCAAUCUUUUUCCCUAAGUUACGGAUCUGCUCUGCCGACUUACCUUACCUACAUUGUUUUAGCGACUAGAGGCAGUGCACCUUAGAGACCUGAUGAGGUUAUGAGUACCGACCGUAGAAGUAGGAGCAUCUUGGGUUCACAAGGGACCAGAUGAGCAGGCUCCUACAGAGUUUCCAUGAUGUCCGGCAGAGCCCACGGUUCGAG